GUAGUUUUAACCACGUGGUCACAAAAACAAAGUCACCUGUACGUACGUACCUAGCACCUUAUCUCAAACAAUAAUUAUGCCUAAAGUAAGAGCAGCCAGACAGACAAGACAGCAUACCCAAAGAUGUCAGCAAGGUAUCAUGUUUGAGAAAGAUAAAGGCCAACACAUACUGAAGAAUCCUCUCAUCAUAAACAGCAUGAUUGAAAAGUCCGCCCUUCGCCCAACUGACGUGGUGUUGGAGGUUGGUCCUGGUACCGGAAAUAUGACAGUCAAACUGAUCGAUCAGUGCAAAAAAGUGGUGGCAUGUGAGAUUGACACUAGACUAGUAGCUGAGCUACAGAAGAGAGUGCAAGGAACUCCGGCAGCGAGAAAGUUGGAGGUGAUAGUAGGUGAUGUGCUUAAGACGGACCUGCCCUUCUUCGAUGUGUGUGUGGCUAACCUCCCGUACAAAAUAUCUUCUCCCUUCGUAUUCAAGCUACUCCUUCAUCGGCCAUUCUUCAGGUGUGCGGUGUUGAUGUUUCAGCAGGAGUUUGCCCAGCGACUGGUGGCCAAGCCUGGGGAGAAGCUCUAUUGUCGUCUCUCCGUCAACACUCAACUACUAGCCAGGGUCGACCAUCUCAUGAAGGUUGGUAAGAACAACUUCAGACCACCCCCCAAGGUCGAGUCCAGUGUGGUCCGGAUAGAGCCUCGCAACCCACCCCCUCCCAUCAACUUCCAGGAGUGGGACGGCAUGCUGAGAAUCCUCUUCACUCGCAAGAACAAAACACUGAGUGCUAUAUUUAGAACUAAAGAUGUUCUUGAGCUGCUUGAGAAGAACUACAGAAUACACCAGUCGCUAACGGAUACGAUGGUCCCCGAAGACUUUGAUAUCAAAUCUCACGUGCUCAAGAUUCUUGGAGAGAGUGAGAAAACGGAACUGAGACCGAGGUGUUUGGAUGUGGACUCUUUCUUAAGCUUGUUGGAGAUUUUUAACCGAAACUCUAUUCACUUUGCCUGAUGUACUUUGUUCAAGACAAUAAUUGUGUACGUGUUAUUGCAGUAAUUUUGCUCGUAAAUGUCAUAGAAAUAUUGUUUGUUUAUUCAUCAUUAAUUUUUCCAAGUGG